GGAACACGCCCUCAGACUGUCUCAGCCAGGAGGAAAAAGUUUAACCUGAAAAAAAAAACUAAAUCACGGAAGAGGCUCUGCAGCCUUUCGAGUUUGACAAGUUUUGUGGUGUUGAAGAGAGAGAAGGAGUGAAGAGACGGGAGAAGAGGGGGAAGAGAAAGGAAGAGAGAGAGAGAAGUGAAAAGCUGCAGCUCAGUCGUCGUUUUCGUGUCCCGGGUUUGAGGAUAAAGAACAAUCAUGGAAGGGGCCAUCAAGACAGUAGUGUCAGUCUUCUUGAAAUUUGCAAAAGGCAAGGAGAACCUUGGAGGAAAGGAGUUCCAAACCCUUGUGGAGAAACAGCUAAACAACAUAAUGACGGAUGCAGAAAACUCUAAGGCCGUUACAAAGAUGCGCCAGGGCCUUGACGAAAACAAAGAUGGAAAAAUCAGCUUCCAGGAGUACAUGAUUCUGGUUGGCGAACUGGCACAGCAGUACAGUCACCAGUGUUGCAGCGAGAAUGAGAGUGGAGUGGAGGUUUCAGUGCAGGAGACACAGGCCGAGGCCCCUGCAGCGGCAAAGGCGGAAGCAGAAGUAGUGGUAGUCGCGGAGCCUGUAAAAGAUGAGGUGGUGGCAGUCGUAGUGAAGGAUGAGGCAGAGCCAAAAGUAGAGGCAGAGGAAGAGGAGGAAGAAGAAGCGAAGGAAGAAGGAGCGGCAGAGGCAGAGAAGACUUCGUAGAAGCUAGAGCCAGUUUAAGCAAACUUCUCCAAACCUUUUUACCCUUUUUGUUUAUUUCAGCCUAAUAUUUGUAAUAAUGUCAUAAUGUAUUACAUAGCCUCUCAAAUUUGGCCAACACUGCAUAUUUUACCACUACGUUGUAGCAUAAAACACUAAAUAUUGUUAAUUUUACAUGUCCUAAUGUGUAUUGUCAUUUGUAUUGAUCUGUAUUGUAUUUUAGCCAUUUAAAGAUUUGUACUUACGUUAACACUACACUCUAUCAUGGGGAUCUAAAUGUGCCACACAGUACUUCUGCCAAUAUGUUUACAAAUGCUACAUUUUAUUGGCACAUUCAAUUAAAUAAUCAGUUGACUCUGAUGGUAGUACAACAGCAUGAAUACCAGGGAGCCUUAUGCAUUAUGACUGGUUCUUUUUUUUAUUUAAGGUUUUGUUGUACACAUUUGGUUGCUCAGCAUGAAUUCUGAUUUCACACUAAUUUCACACUAAUACAGAGCCCUGUUUAUAUACCACUGCCAGAAUUGGAAUGAAGUCUUUUUUUUUUUGCAUGACAAUAAACAAACUUUGUCUUUAAGCUUUUUGUUUAAUAGCAUGUUUGUUCUUGUGCUCUUCUUUUACUCUUGCUUUUUACCUUCUUUAAGGAUUGGGAUAGUUUCAUUUCUAAUCGUAUUGGUUUUCCUCUCCGCCCACAUUCAUCUCUAUCCACAUUUCUUUUCUCUCACGUUGUGCCUUAACUUUAACAUGAGUUUGCGUUCGUCCCUCACUUAGCGAGCUUUGUCUAGCAUUGUCUCAAGAACUAGUAUAUCAGGUGCUCUGUGUCCUAAUAAUGACCAGGGCUUAAUAAUUAAGGACCUUUGGGAUGGAAUCCACACCAGGGGACCCAUGUGGCCCCACGGGAGCCCAAAAUAGCCUACAGCAUUAGGCCACUGACCCAGGGAGGCCCCAGAAUAGCCAGGUGUCCUCCACGCAACGCAAUCCACAUAUGAUCCACAAGUUAGAACUGGAAGAGCGAACAAGACAAUGAGAAAGCCUCACGCUAAUUGCUCAUUGUUUUCUGGUGUAUCAGAUCUCAAAUUUGACCAUUCACGUGGAGAUGGUUUCGUCUAUUUUAUAGUUUGUUUGUUUGUAUGUUUAGUGAAGUUGCGUUUUGAUCUCUUGAUACCACUGCAUCAUCCAGUUGAAUUUUUAUACAAUACAAAUGUGAAAAUGAGUAGCAACAAGUAGGCUUAUCACAGUAACUAUUUUUUAAUAAUAUAUUGUCUGAGAAAUGACUGCAAUAAAUUAUAUUGCCAAAUAUCACGAUAAGACCAAAUGCCAUGCCACUGAUAUAAUAAUUAUAGAAGUGCACAAUAAUACAAUUGCACCUUAAUAAAAAGCAAUUUUUUUAUUAUUAGUAGUUGGCAUUGAAGCAAUAUUUAAAAAAAAAAGUCCUAAAUUGCAAAAUAAAAGUAAUAGGCGUAGCAAAUGAGUCAGGAAUGCAAAUAAAAAAAUUCCAAAUAAGUCUUUAAAACACCUGCUUUUCAGUAUUGUUUAUUUAGUGGAUUAUGGGUUUAGGAGAAACCAACAUAUCAUCUCUAAUUAGGUUCUCUAUUUUAUUCUUUGUAACUUCUGCAUUUCUCCUGAUAUCUGUUCAACAGGAUUUCAGUGUAAAUUAACUUCAUAUAUAACAUCUUUCCUUUCAGACCUGUCAUGAUAACCUUUGGAAAUUUUAGAGUAUUUGACAGUUGAGGCAAUGAACCAUGAACAUAGUGUUAUGCUGUGCUUCUGGAUCCUUGUCGAGCCAGUAUCAGAUUGUUGUGGUUGUUGCUGUUUGUUGGGUGAAUAAUUAUACAUCCUGGCUGAGCCCUAUAGGUGUUAGGUGCUGGAUUUUAUAAUAUUCCAGUACAUUGUUUUGAAAGUCAUUUUCAGACUUUCAGAUUUAAUACCAUUGUUAUUACAACCAUUUAACACCAUUAUUAUGCAAUUGCAAUCUUUUAAAAGAGCAAUAUUACAACAUUGCAAUUGGAAUAGAAAAAAAGAACAUAGUUUUUAAACAAAAUUGACACACCGAGUUCACUUUUGAACAGACUCUGCACUAAAAGUAACCACAAUUGGUCAUAUUGAUAUAAGCAAAAAUAUGAUUGCGGUCAAGUCCAUAUACUGUAUUGUGCAGUCAGUCAGUAAUGAUGUUGUUAUUAUCGUGAAAGGUCUGCUUCCUAUUUCUAUAAUUUCAUCUCUAUAUCUCAGAAAGGUCUUUAAUUUUUUCAUUUAAAUUUCAGUUUGGGGCUUUACCGGAGUAACAUCUACAGUACUAAAUAGCCUCUCAAAAACCACUACAUUGUUUAUAAAUGUAUUAUUUGUAUGUAUGUAUGUAUGUAUGUAUGUAUGUAUGUAUGUACGUAUGUAUCUCUGAGAGAACUUUAUACACUUAUAAAAUCAUUAUUAAUCCAUUA